AUGACUUCGAUGGCCGAAAAGUAUGUCACUGAAUUGCGCGAAAGAGAUCCAGCAACUGUUGAUACAAUUUAUCUCGACAAUUCAACCGGUGGAGUUAUCGAAGGAGUUGACGACAAACUCACCAAUCUUUUGGUUAGUUUUUUUUCAUAUAUGAUAAAUAAUUGAUAAGACUUUUCAGACUCUCAGCAUGGUUAAUUGUGAAUUAACAUCAUUCAAAGGACUUCCAUCAUUGCCAGCUGUCACCUACAUCGACGUCACCAACAACAAAUUCGGAGAUACACCAGCUUUUGAUAUUCUUGUCAAAAAUGCUCCAGAACUUGUUCGUCUCAAUUUGAGCUCAAACAACAUCACUUCAAUUGAAGUUUUGCGCCCAUUGAAAAUGUUGACAAAACUUGCCGAACUCGAUCUUUCGCACAACGAAUCUCUUGGUCUCACCGAAAGUUAUCGCGACAAAAUCUUCGAAAUCAUUCCAAGUUUGAAAUCUUUGGAUGGAUUGGAUGUUGAUGGCGAAGAAAUCGAAGAAGAAUUUGACGGUGGAGAGGCCGGAGAAGAUUCGGACAGCGGAGACGAUGACGAAGAAGAGGGUGGACCAGGUUUGAGCUAUUUGGACAAGAGUCAAUUCUCAGAUGAUGAAACUGAUGAUUACAUCCCAGAAGAUAAAGCUGAACAGACAAAAGAAGGUGAAGGCGACUCUGAAGCUCGUGGAGUUAAAAGAAAUGCCGAUGAAGCUGGAACUUCGGAUGAACCAGAAGCUAAAAAAUCGACAUCCGAAUAA